UCUUCAACAGAAAAGACCAACGCUGUGGUGGAAAAACGUGCAUUAAUGUCCAGCCGUGCAGACAUGGAGGCGUCCAGUGACAAGCUGUUCUGCUGCAGGUGGGUGCGCUACAAGGUUCCUCUGGCCCACAGAGAGGAACUGUACCACAUCCUGAGGAUGAUAGGGCCUCUGCUGCUCUCUCGAAUCCUCAAUUACCUGUUGCCAUUUGUGGUUACAAUGUUCUGUGGGCGUCUGGGAAAUGAAGUGAUGGCUGGCUAUGGAUUAGCGUGUGCUACCAUUAAUGUCACAACUGCAGCAACAGGAACUGGUCUGGGGCUGGCGUGUGAUACUUUGGUGUCUCAGACAUUUGGUGGUAAGAACCUGCGUCGGGUGGGAGUGAUCCUGCAGCGGGGCAUCAUCAUCCUGCUGUUGUUCUGUCUGCCCUGCUGGGGUCUGCUCAUUAAUGCCCAGGCCAUCCUAUUGUGCAUGGGCCAGAGCCCUGAGGUGACCAGAAUAGCCCAAGUGUAUAUUACAAGCUUCCUUCCUGCAGUACCAGCAAUAUUUCUACAACUUCUUCAAGUGUCUUACCUGCAGAACCAGGGUAUAAUACUGCCACAAAUGUACGCUGCUGCUAUGGCAAACAUAGCAAACUUGGUGACAAACUACAUCUUAAUAUACUGGUUGGAUUUGGGUGUAAGCGGAUCUGCAGCAGCCAAUGCUCUGUCUCAGAUUUACAUCUGUGUAUUUCUGUUUGCUUACAUUCGCUGGAAGAAGCUCCAUGUAAAAACAUGGGGAGGCUGGUCUGUAGAAUCGCUGCAGCACUGGGGCUCCUACAUGAAACUGGCCGUUCCCAGUACAAUGAUGAAGUGCUUUGAGUGGUGGCUUUAUGAGUUUGGUGUAUUCUUUGCAGGAAUGCUGGGUGAAGACCAGCUGGCAGCCCAACAUGCUGUGAUAAUGGUGGCUUUCAUCACCUACAUGUUCCCUCUAGGUAUUCAAGCUGCAGCAUGCGCCCGAGUGGGAAAUGCCCUCGGUGCGGGAGACACUGUCAGGGCCCUCCUCACCAGCAAGAUCUCUUUCGCUCUUGCAGGUCAGUUAUAAAAAUGUUGUUAAUCUGUAAUUUCAUUUCUUGAACAUUUUACAUUUGACAGAUUUCACUGCCGCUCUUUUCCAGCAAGCAUCGCAGUUGUGGAAGGUGUUGUGCUCGGCUCUACUAAAACAGUGAUUGGC